AUGACAACGCAUAGUAGUACCGAAGACCUCGUCAGCCAUCUCCAGUCCAUUCUGCUGGAGCUCAACGCGAACCCCUAUCCUGAUGUCGCGUGUCCGCCAAACCUACCUAAACGCGCCUCUGUAGCCCUCAUCCUUCGUAUACAACCAAACUACUCGCAUUGGCCUGACAGCUCCGACAGCCCUUUGCCGCCUCGACGCAGACGAUCAUCUGUCGCACAGCCCCAUUCCGAAUUCGACUUUGAGUCGUCACUAAGCGCCUUCUUCUCACAAGAAUGGGUCAAGCACGGAGACCCCGAGCUACUCUUCAUAAAGCGAGCCGCACGAAUCGGUGACAAGUGGAACGGACAUGUUGCGUUGCCAGGUGGGAAGAGGGAUCCAGAGGAUGAGGACGACCAGGCAGCAGCAGCUAGAGAAGCGCUCGAAGAGGUUGGCAUCGAUCUGAGCCCUGACAAUGCGAUCGCUGUCGGCAAUCUACCGCAGCGCAUCGUCACAACGAGCUGGGGCAAAGUACCACUCAUGGUACUAUGCCCGUACAUCUACCUCCUGACCUCUCCCGCCUACCCACAGCAACGCCUGCAGCCCACCGAAGUCGCCUCCUCACACUGGGUCCCCAUUCGCGCCCUUCUCUCCCCAGCCCUCCGUACACACGAAUACGCCGAUGUCUCGGCACGUCUCGCCAAGUCUGAACUGGGCAUCAAGCGCUGGUUCCUACAAGCCAUGCUGAGCAAGAUGAUGUUUGCUGCCAUACAACUCGUACCAGCCAACUCGACGCAUUGCGCAACCAUCCCCGACUUCAUACCCGUCGAAGCAGCGCCACAGAGUAUCACAAAUACGAUCAGAGAAGCAUUGGCAGGUCCCGAGGGAAGAUCGAAGGACCGUAGACCACCAUUGCUGCUAUGGGGUUUGACAUUGGGCGUCGUAAGCGACUUCCUUGAACACAUGCCUCCACACAACGCACUAGAACUAUGGACGUAUCCUACGUUUACCAACUGGGACGUAAGGUUCGUCAUGUGGGCCAUGUCAUACCGGUUCCGGAAGCAGAAGUCUUUGGAAAUGAGCACAGCUGCGUCGAGCGUGACAACGACGAACAGUCAGGAUGCAACAGGGCUGCCCACCCAGGACUUCCCAGGUAUUGGCAGUGAAGCGCUUGGGUCUUUGGAGGAAGAGAAGCCGGGUGAGGUCGGCAUAGCUGGCUUGGGUGUAGGAAGAGGGUGGGGACAAAGCGGGAGAGCGAAGAUGAUGGCGAGAGGCGCUGCGGUCAAUUCCAUGUUGGAGGGCUACUAUCCGCUUGUCAGGAGGGCGGUUGCCACGGCACUUGUUGGGCGGAUCAGUGUUGUGGCUUUGGUUGCGUUCUUGGCUUGGAGGAAGUUGGAUGUUAUAUCGCUAAGAGCACGAUUGUAG